UGUAGCUAUAGUAACGCGUCAAGCGACCGAGGAGCGACUGGCGUGUCCGCGUUCAACCGAGAGUUUGCGUCUCUUUGGCUCAUGUCUGGUAUGAUGGGUGGUUCCGACGCUGCUUAUAGCAUUCGACCCAACCAUCAGAACAAAUUCAAACCAGCUAUUGUGAAGGAGUGUAUUCGUGACACGAUAAGGGAACAGUUGUCCGGGUUGCGGUACGAUUCAGAGGCUGUGCCGGAACUGUCACGGACACUGGCCGAUCAAAUAAAGGACAAAGUAAAAAAUGCCGGGUUUGACAGGUACAAGCUGGUCGUGCAGGUGGUGAUUGGAGAGCAGCGUGGACAAGGAGUCAAGAUGUCGUCUCGCUGUCUGUGGGAUGCAGACACGGAUAACUAUGCAGAAGAUGUGUUCAUGAACGACAGUUUGUUCUGUGUGGCGGCUGUCUUUGGAAGCUACUUCUACUGAGAAGGACCGUGGAUGGAGUUCUUCAAGAAGUUGACAAAUGUACAUAUCCUAUUUUAAGAAGCCUUUUAAUAAAUGACCUUUGCAUUUCUCAC